AUGGAAACUGCAGGACUUGAGAAUACAAGAAGUGAUUUGUCAGGAGUUGAACCUUCCAUUUAUAAAUACACCUGCCCCAGGAGCUACUCAAGUGCAGAAUGCUAUGGGGACUUCUCAGGCCCAGGCCUCUGCUUCUGGAGUUCCCCCGCCUCAAGUUUCCAACCCGGGAAUUUCUCAGUCAACAAAUGGUAUGGUGUGAACUCAGAACAUGCUGAAGCACCUGGAAAUGAGGCAAAAGGGACUACUGCUGGGAGCGAAGCUACUCCUGAGAUUGCGCAUGGAGCUACUGAUACUACAUCCCGGUCACAACUUUUCCAAGACCAGUCCAUGCUGUACCAUUUCCGGGAGAUGCAGAGAAGACAAGUUGAAUUUAUCAAGAAGAGGGUUCUGCUUCUAGAAAAAGGUCUCAACGCAGAGCUGCAGAGAGCUUAUUAUGCUGAUGAGAAACCAAACGGAGUUCCAAACGAAGAGACACCACGCAAGGUCAAAGAAACAGAAACUCCUUGUUCCGAGGCAUUUGAUACCAAAAUGAUUGAUCCAUUGCCAGAAGUUGAAAUAAUAUCUUCUACAGAAAUCUCGGAAUGUGCUUGUGACACUACACAGGAGCGCUUGGCCAUGGCUAGGCUCUUCAAUGAGAUGACCAUGAUAUUGAAAGAUAACGUGCUCGAUUCGGGUGAAGCAAGUUCUGAGUCGAGGAAAAAGCUCAAAGAAAUGAGCGAAGAAAUAACCCAAAUACUGAGAGUAGUAGAUGGUAGCCAGGCGAUGGACGUCGAUCAAAGUAAUGCUGGUGCUGAUGCCGAAGCAGUAGAAUCAAUUGGUAAUGGAAAUGCUGGUGCUGAUGCCGAAGCAGUAGAAUCAAUUGGUAAUGGAUCUGACCAUGUAGAAACGGAGGAGAAAUCGAACCCUCAGGCUACUCACUGACUGACUAUUUAGGAUUUUGUAUGUACAACUAAAAUACAUUUUUGUCUGUCUGUUUGUCUGUAAUAUUUGACUACAGUUUAGGUGGUAAAGACUACAAUUCUCAAAUUUCGUCUAUAUAAUUUCGACGGUGUAGUAGAGGCCACAUUUUUUUAAUUUGGUGUUAAUUUGAUGUUUUUCUUUAUGUACAA